AUGAGGCAUUCUGUGGUCUCAGGUGAUAAAGUAUUAGCACCUUGGGAAUCAGAUGGAAGCAGAUAUGGUCCUGGAACAGUGGCGUUUGGCAUUGAGACUAGAGACCCACUACAAGUAAUGGAAGAUGAUGAUCUCUCCAUUAAAUUCUGGAAUGGAAAAACAGUCAAAGUUUCCAAAAAUGUGGCAAUGUGGAUUCCAUCUGCUUUGUAUGAAAGAGUGCAGCAAGAACUAUUUACUCCUCUAUCAGCCAGAGAGCUUCAUUGUGAAAAAUUGAGUUCCUGCAAUGACGUUUGUUCACUUCAGCCUCAGACUGUGCUAGUUCACCCAAGUCACUUUGAUCCAACAUACGCCAAGUCUUGGUAUUCAGUUCUCCCUGACCUCGACCCAUAUAGUAAUUUCUGCCGUGGGUUUUAUUGUGGCUUCCAUGGUUUGCCAUCUCAUCCCAUCUGUUGCUGUUUUCCACAAAUGAUUUCUCCCAUAGGAUGGUGGCCUGUGAGUCCAAGAUCUACCAACCCGACAGCAAUUGACAUGGAGGAGUUGGACAAGAAAGUUACUUCACAGCUUCAGGAAUUAGACACUUACAAAGCUAAAUAUCCUGAUGAAAACCUACUUUCUUCGUCUUCUUCAUCAUCAUCUGAAAGUUAUGAUGACAGCCCAGAGUCAAUUGUCAGCAAGCCUACUUUGGAAGAUAGGGCAGUGAAUACAGAUAUUAAACUGUUCGAGAAGCCAAGGGCCCAAGCAGAAGGCAAGCCAGAAUGGAAAUAUUGGAGUCAGACCCACCAAGAGCCACAUCGAAAGAAACCAGGAACAUCUCCUUCAAGCCCAUUAAAGAAUGUAUCUAACUCCAGUCAGCUGAAUCCUACCACAGAGCUGCAGAACGUUGGACCGACAAAUUGCGGAGCCAUGUUUGAAAAUAUUGAUCAUACACAUUCUCAGAAUAGAAUCACAAUGAAACAGGUUCUAUCACAUCAAGGUCAUGAAAUCACAUCAUCUUCUACGGCCCAACCUCCACCAGUUCAGGAGCGUCUAGGAGAGAAUCAGUUAUCACGUGACUGCCAACAUCGGGAAGCUGUUCAAAGAUCAAGAAAGAAAAAACUACAAAUGCGUCAGUGGGAGAAAGAAAGGGAAAUGCAAAAUCAAGACAAGUAUCAAUGUGUCCAAGAACAACGCAGGAAGAACGUGAUUCAACGUCUGGAGAAUAAUUUCAAACAGGUCGCAGAAUAUGAGCACAAGCUGGAAGAAACAAAUAGAGCAAAACAGCAUUUGCAGCAGACGAUUCAAACCAGGAUUCAGUCAAUAGCCUCAGAGGACCAGGAGAAAGAAGCUCGCAGAUUGGCAUAUCACCAGCAAGUCACAGCAAGUAGGAAUAUGGCAGAGGCAGAAAAAGUGAAAGCAGAAGAGAUGAAAGAAACCCAACAGCAGGAGGUUAGAAGGAAACGAGUGGAAGAACGCAACAGAAUUGCAGCAGAAAGAUUCCAUGAAGCAGAGAAAUUGGCUGAAGAACAAGAGACAGGAAGAAGAAAGAAUCAAAUAAAGCACGUUUCAACAUUUUAG